AUGGAGACACAGUUUUCAAGAAGUACUAUGAGAUUUAUGGCUCGACCAAAAAGGUACAAGCGGUCCAGGCCAUGCUUUUUAGAGAAAGAAGUACAAGGGGAGCAAGAGCAGCAGCAGCUGGCUGCUUAUACCCUCAUGAUGAUUUCUCAUGCUUAUGGAAUGACAUUUGCUCCUGCACCCAGAUUAAGUUUUCCCAGCAAGAGGAAAUCAGAGUGGCUUUUGGAGGGGUUUGAUUUUGAGGCAGAUUUCACAGAAAUGCCAGGGCUGAAGGAGGAGAAUGAGAAAAAAAGGAAUGCCAGGGCAUGCAGAAAGAGGAAAUUGUUCUCUUUAGAAGCUUUGGACAGAAAAAGGGAAAGCAUAAAUAACAUUUCAAAGUCCUUGCAGGGGCACAAAGAAGUUGCCUCUUCUUCUACCAAAGAAAAGAUUCACAAAUGCCUGAUUUGUGGGAGGGGUUUUACGAGCGGUAGAGCCCUGGGUGGGCACAAAAGUGCUCACACAAGAUAUAGAUCUAUUGAUGCAACAUCACGCCCUCAAGCAUUUUUCUAA